AGAGCGGCGGAGCGGGGGACUCGCGGGCACACUCAUAACACAGCUACAAACUAACUACAUAACCACGAGACUGAGCUAAUUUUAUAUCACCGAUUUAACUAAAAUAAUCCAGACAGAGCUGAAAUAUUAACUUAAACUCUGAGUGAUCUGACAUGCUCCACAGAUUAAUGAGGUUUAUACCUCAGAGUCCCUGGAGGAUAGUAGAUGACUGUGGCGGUGCAUUCACAAUGGGAGCUAUAGGUGGAGGAAUCUUCCAGGCUGUUAAAGGUUUCAGAAACUCACCUGCUGGAAUAAAUCACAGACUGAAGGGCAGCAUGACUGCCAUCAGAACCAGAGCUCCACAGCUAGGAGGAAGUUUUGCCGUCUGGGGCGGACUCUUCUCGAUGAUCGACUGUGGGCUGGUGAAAGUUCGGGGGAAAGAGGAUCCCUGGAACUCGAUAACAAGUGGAGCCAUGACUGGAGCUAUCCUCGCUGCCAGAAAUGGGCCUGUGGCCAUGGUUGGUUCUGCUGCUAUGGGAGGCAUACUGUUAGCUUUAAUUGAAGGUGCAGGAAUCCUUCUCACAAGGUUCGCUUCAGCACAGUUCCCCACUGGUCCACAGAUGGAGGACCCUGCCCCCAUGCCGGCUCCUUCCUUUGGGGACUACAGACAGUACCAGUGAGGUCCGGUCCAGUCUGUGGACAGGCUUUAAUAUUCCAUGAACUCGUCUGAGAACUCAUCUGAGUUAAAACUUCAGCCUCUGUGGAACUUUCUGUCUCUCUGUUGUUGAAUGAGCAUGAACCGAACCAACGCACCUCACCAGUACGGACUUGUGUCGGAGAACGAAAAGGGCAACACUUUUGUGUUUGUUAAUGGACUUGUUUUAGUUUUAUUUAGUUUAUGGUCCCUCCUCCUUCCACACUGGGUCGUCUUCAGUAUGCCUUUUGCCAUCUAAGCCUUCUGUCAUCUAUCUACACCUCUGUUAUCUAUCCCGUUGGCAGACAGGGGGUGGGUCAAGAAACAUCUCUCUUUAGCAGGUUGUGGCAGUUUGUUCCAAAAAGGCUGGUGGUUUCCUGUUUUGUUCUUUUUGUUCUAAUGCACUGAUGUUAAGCUCAGUAAGGGUUUGUGUAUUAGUUUAUGGUUUCUGUGCUUUGUAGAACAAAGAACUCUAAACUGAAAUUCUGGAGUACUUCACAACUAAGACCGGGGAACAAAAGUACUUGUCCAACUUUGGACCUUUUGCUCAGAAAGAAGCAGAAAUUGUGUGGAUAAGCUUGUGUGUGUGUGUGUGGAAGGUAAUCUAUCAUUAUUAUUAUUAUUAUUAUAUUCUGCCUUAAUGUUCACUGUCUCUUUAGUUCCACAGAACUCUUGUAUAGAUAAAAAAAGUUGUAAAUUUAUUGCAUAAACUUUACCAUCUGAACAUG